AUGUUCGUCGGUCUCGUCAUCCGUGUCACCCAAUCCCGCCUCCAAGAUAGCGUCGCAUUCGACUACCAAUUCUUCUUCAAUCUCCUCCUUCCACCUAUUAUCCUUGCAUCGGGGUACGAGCUCCAUCAAGCGAAUUUCUUCCGGCAUAUUGGCACAAUCCUUACCUUCGCCUUCGCCGGGACCUUUAUUUCUGCCAUCGUGCUCGGUCUGGUUCUCUUCCUUUGGACUCAAAUCCCGCUGGACGGGCUGAACAUUUCUUUUGUUGAGGCGAUUUCGGUGGGCGCAACCCUCUCUGCGACUGAUCCAGUCACCAUUCUCGCCAUCUUCAAUCUAUACAAGGUGGAGCCGAAGCUCUACACCGUCAUCUUCGGAGAGUCUAUUCUGAAUGAUGCUGUCGCCAUCGUUUUGUUCGAGACUGCUCAGAAAUAUGCGGAGAAUGCAGCCGGUUCGCUGACCAUCUUGCACCUUUUCGAGGCUAUUGGGCUUUUCUUGUUGGUUUUCUUUGGUAGCAUGGUGGUCGGUAUCAUCGUUGGUAUUGCUACGGCAUUGGGUCUCAAGUACACCCUGGUGCGCCGCAUGCCCAAGAUUGAGAGCUGUCUGAUUGUCCUAAUCUCCUACGCCAGCUAUUUUUUCUCGAACGGCGUUCAUCUAUCAGGAAUCGUAUCUCUCUUGUUCUGCGGGAUCACCUUAAAGCAUUACGCUUACUAUAAUAUGUCCCGUCGCACGCAGUUGACGACGAAGUACCUUUUCCAGAUUCUGUCGCAGCUGUCAGAGAACUUCAUUUUCAUUUACUUGGGGCUGGAUUUGUUCGCUGACACUGACCUGAACUUUAACCCUCUCUUCAUUAUUGUGGCGGUCUUUGGAAUUUGCCUCGCCCGUUACUUGGCCGUGUUCCCCCUCUCCAAGGCCAUCAAUUGGUUCAUUCGAAUGAAAGCACGACGUAGAGGAGUGGAAGUCCCGGAUGAGCUUCCCUUUUCGUACCAGGCCAUGCUUUUCUGGGCCGGGUUGCGUGGUGCUGUCGGCGUGGCGCUGGCUGCGGGUCUUUCGGGUGUCAAUGGGCCAACUUUGCGAGCAACCGUUCUCGUUGUCGUCGUGCUCACUGUUAUCAUUUUCGGAGGAACAACGGCGCGUAUGUUGGAAAUCAUGAACAUCCGCACCGGCGUUGUGGAAGAGAUCGAUUCAGACGACGAGUUCGACAUUGAGGUCACUCACGGGGGGGACCUACUACAAACGGGCGGUCUCGGCGAGCGAAGCCAUAGCUAUUCUUCUGGGAACAACCGCCGGCCCAGUCCCCCACAUAGCCACACUAGAAUGUACUCGACCGCCUACAGCACCAAAGAUGCUAAUGCCCGACGAGACCGCUCAUCGACUGCGACUCUCCUGAACGGCGGGAAUGUUGAUCCGGAUAGCACGAACCUUAGCAGCGACGGCAUCAACAGCGAUGACGAGUUCGGGCUUCCGCCUUCAGGCCGCAAUCGCGCAAACCAAGUCGCUCAUCCAGAUGACUUUGAGCUUGAUCUUGAUGGGGAAGACGAGGACCCUCCACCAGCCACGAGCGGAUCUCGCUUGCGACGGUCGCCAUCGCAUCCUUCCCCGGCGCCGCACACGCCGUCUCCCAACGGCAUUUCCGCAAGUGUUCCCCUUCCCGUGCGGGGCAGCAAUCUGGUCUCAGUGCCCGUGAGGCUUUGCGGGACCUAUGGUCGGGUGGUGCGAGCGGCGACCACGCUGCUUGGUUCCGGCAGAUCGAUGAGGACUACAUCAAGCCGCGACUCCUGCUUGACCAGUCCAAUCAUAAGGGUCCUGGACCUGGAGCUGUUUGAUUAUGAUACCUUAUCACAUAAGGUGUCCCAAGAUAAGCACGACGCCCAACAAGACUUGCCUAAGCUAAUGUGGCUCAUUCGGUGUUUCCUGCUGGAAAAGAAUCUUGUCCUGCCACUGAUACACCCUUCCAGGGCUUCCAAAUUUCCAAGGUUUAGUCUGACUGAUAACUGCCGGUCCAAGGGGGCUAAACCGACCUCAGUCUUCACCCCUUCCGACAUCACAGAGCUAGAUCAGCAACUCGCUGAGGACAUCUACAUUAUGGCAGACCAAGUAAAGCCAGCAGCAGAUGUGAAGCCAGUGAAAGUGGUUGAGAAUGGCAGCAUUACAGAGCCCGUCGUCGAGGCCGGAGACAGCGAACUGUUGGGUAUGCCUUCAUUCAGUACUCUUCUUAUUGUAGUCUUCAUCGUGCUAAUCUGGCGCUUUCCGUUUAGCCUCGCUGGGCUACAAGCAGGAAUUGCGGCGCCAUUACUCCACGACGCAGAUCUUCGCCGUUGCAUUCAGUAUCAUGGGUCUUUUGCCGUCAAUUGCCUCGACGCUUUCUUUUUCGAUGCCUGCUGGCCCGGUUGGAAUGGUUUGGGUAAGAGCGAACUAGCCAUUUUCCUACUAUAG